UUCUUAUGAGAUAGACUAGAGGUAAUUUUAAGCCUUGAGUAAGCCUGCUUAAAAUAAGUGGUGAAACCUGCAUUACCCUGAUUUUCAUAAUUUAUUUUGUUUCCUAAUUUUUACCUGUAUAUAGCAGUCCGGAAUUCUCCUGCCUUAAAACAUCUAAGACUAUCAACCAGACUCCGAAACAAGAAACACAGAGAGUGAUCUUGCAGCUGUACCUCCAAUUCUACACAACGAUGACCCCCUCACUGGCUGAACUGUCUGAGACCUACUGGAAGCAUGGCUUCCUAACGGGAGUGCCAGUGCUAGACCCCGAAGAGCUGGAGAGAGCUACAGAGGGCUUCAGUAGACUGGAGAACGAGUUCGGGUUGGAGUAUACCCAGUACAGUCUUCAUAACGUGCACUUGAAGUACCGCUGGGUGAUGUCUCUGGCCACCCAUCCCAAGGUGCUGGAGCUAAUCAAGGGGAUCCUGGGACCCAACGUCAUCCUCCUUGAUUCACGCUUCAUCUGCAAAUACCCGACCAAACAGAAGAGCCCCUCAGAUGCCUGUGAAAGUCAGAAGCAUGUGCUUCCCUAUGUUGCCUGGCACCAGGACAUCAGGUACUGGGGUUUUGAGGGGGGUUCAGUGGCUUCGGUGUGGCUGGCCCUGGACGACGUAGACCAAGAGAAUGGAGUCCUGCAGGUUAUCCCAGGAAGUCACCAUCAAGGUCUCCUCCCCCACAUCACCUCACCCAACCCAGGGAACAUGCUGACAGCCAAUCAGGAGAUCCCAGAACACCUCCUCAACACGAGUGAGGCUGUGGAGUGCCCUCUACAGGCAGGACAAAUGUCUAUCCACGAUGGUCUGACAGUCCAUGCCAGUGAGUCCAACCUGUCCACUCGGAGGCGCUGUGGGUUCGUUAUCCGCUAUGUGCCAACCACUGCUUAUCCUGUUCAGGACCCGGAUCGUCCUCGCACCUUUAACGCUACAGUCCUAGUCUCUGGUGUUGAUGAGUACAGUCACUUUCCAAACAAUGCCCCCAAUCUUCAGUGAGGUACAAUGCAGACCAUGGAGCCUACUGUAAUGAUCAAAACUGCAGUGGAACUAAAUAUCUCUAUAUUAAUCCAGCUGAUUUUUUUUCUUUGAAUUAUUGAUGCCAUUAUUAAUUUUAAAAACACAAUAAUGUUGUAAAUGUUAUCAUUCUAUCAGUGAUGUAACUAAUUGAUAUGUUGUUGAUGUAUUUAUAUGACUUCUGUUAUGGUCUAUACCUGAACCUUUAUCUAACUCUUUUUAAAACUGUUUUUAUUAAACCAUUUAUGGAGUAUUUAAAUGGUUUGAAUCCGCUUUUAAAUUCAACAGAACAGAUGUUCAUUUUAUUGUUCAAAAUUAUGUUAGUUCCUUAAAAUACCUGGGAGAGAACAUGUGAUGCCUCUCAGAGAGGUGGGAACAUAAAAAAAAAAACUUCAAAGAGAGGGAUACUGGAUUUAUAAAUCAGAUACACUAAAGCCGAAAGGUCUAAAUGAUUAAUUUUAUUUAAAGUAUUUUUGUAAGAUCCUAGUUACUAAACGCCUGCUUUGUUAUUUUCUGAUUGUGAUAUUAUGAGAACAUAGUUAUCUGAUUUUAAAUAUUAAAGCAUAUAUAUUAUUUUGACAUAUAACCACAAAAUGUACAAUUGAAAACUAUGCUACUGUAUCUCCUAACUAUGUGAUGUGGAUUGACCCAAUCAAUUUAUUUUCUUCAUUGUUUGCAAGCUUUUAAUUAUUAAAAAGAUAUUU